CGCCUGCCGGCCUCAGUAGUGUCAUGGCGGGCGUGCGGCGCGCAUGUGCGACGAUGCCGCUGCGGCGGCGGCGGCUCCUGGUGGCGGCGGCCGGGUGGUUCGCGUGUGUGUUGAUGGUGACUGUGCAAUGCGAUGAACAUGUGGUGGGUGACGGCGACGCCUUGGAUCCUUUGGAUACAUCAAGCCCGUCGGCUGACGGUGACACCCCGCGCGGGAGAAGGUCGUAUGGAGACUCUACAGGUGAGUUACUUCGCUUUCCAUCACCAGUUUGCCGCACUCUGCACAGCUGCUCUGGUGAGUUUCAGCGAAAACUCCUGGCGUGUUUUGUGUUUUUGCAAAAAAGGCAGUUUUUCUAUGAGCUGUGUCUUUAUUGUACUUUUAAAAAUACUUUUUCACCAUCGCUAAUCGAAUUUUUUGUACCAAUUAUUCCCAUAUUACUCACUCCAUUUCAUUUCACUGGCGUUAUUGUACUAUACGCAGUUACUUUAGAACCCAGCUCUUUGAAACUGUUAACAACAUUGUUUCAUUUUGAAAGAAUACUUAUUUUGUUUUCUCGAACAAAUUCACAAAUUUAUCAGUCAGUUUUGGAAUCUAACUAUUUUCAUCUUUUCACCCGGCUGAUUGACGAAAAGUUCUGUUUUUCACUGAAUGAUAAAAACUGCCAUACAAAGUUAUUUAAAAAAAUAAAAUCCUCAGGACUGAAUUUUUAA